CCAGCCGGGAGAGAAGGCUUUCCCCGCCUCCUGUCACUGAAGAUUUGGAUGCCAGGCUUGCAACAGAGCCAGGGGCUGGAGGAAGGACCUGAGCCAUGGUGGCCCUUUGGCCUGGAGGGCCCCUCUGGGGACACCUCCUCUUUUGCUUUUCCUCCUUGGUGCAAGGUUUACGUCUCCAAGAAUACCUUUAUUUCCAAGUGCUGAGCCCCGGGGAUAUCCGCUACAUCUUUACUGCCACCCCAGCAAAGGAUUUCGGGGGAGUUUUUAACACAAGGUACGAGCAAAUCUACCUGGUUCCAGCGGACCCUCCAGAGGCGUGUGGAACAUUAAAUAAUGGUGUUUUCAUUGAUGGCCAGAUUGCUUUGGUGGAACGCGGGGACUGCUCCUUCCUCUCCAAAACCCGCAUCGUCCAAGAGCACGGGGGCCGCGCGGUGAUCAUCGCCGACAACGCCUACGACAACGACAACUCCUAUGUCGAGAUGAUCCAGGACAGCACGCAGCGGACAGCAGACAUCCCUGCCCUCUUCCUUCUUGGGAGAGAUGGGUACAUGAUCCGGCGCUCCUUGGACCAGCACGGACUUCCCUGGGCGGUCAUCUCUAUCCCAGUCAACGUCACCAGCAUCCCAACAUACGAGCUCAUGCAGCCUCCGUGGACUUUUUGGUAGCAGAGAUAAAUGCGUGGCAAAGGACUCUGGUUGCAACAUCUAGGAAUAUCCGGAUACUGACCUGCCGGCCAGAGGCAACAGGAAGCCCAUUGCCCU